AUGCGACCAGCCCUAGAGAACGCAUCAGGUGCGAGUAGCCUGCGGGUUCCCGCUGAUUUGGCGCGGAGCACUUCGGCAAGCCUGCCCUUCCUGCCCGACCCGCUGGCCCACCGGCCCCCAAGCGCCCCUCCGACGGAGUCCCCAGGCCUUUUCACCGUGGCCGCUCCAGCCCCGGGAGCGCCUUCUCCUCCCGCCACCCUGGCGCACCUUCUUCCCGCCCCGGCCAUGUACAGCCUGCUGGAGACUGAGCUCAAGAACCCCGUGGGGCCACCCACCCCAGCUGCAGGCGCGGGCGGCCCCGCAGCGCCGGGCGGCGCAGGCAAGAGUAGCGCGAACGCAGGCGGCGGCGCGAACGCAGGCGGCGGCAGCGGCGGUGGCGCGAGCGGCGGCGGCGGCGGCGGUGGGGGCAGUGACCAAGACCGGGUGAAGCGGCCCAUGAACGCAUUCAUGGUGUGGUCCCGCGGGCAGCGGCGCAAGAUGGCCCUGGAGAACCCCAAGAUGCACAACUCUGAGAUCAGCAAGCGCUUGGGCGCCGACUGGAAACUGCUGACCGACGCCGAGAAGCGGCCGUUCAUCGACGAGGCCAAGCGGCUGCGUGCCGUGCACAUGAAAGAAUACCCGGACUACAAGUACAGGCCGCGCCGCAAGACCAAGACGCUGCUCAAGAAGGACAAGUACUCCCUGCCCGGAGGCCUGCUGCCCCCCGGAGCCGCGGCCGCGGCCGCCGCCGCUGCCGCCGCCGCCGCCGCCAGCAGCCCGGUGGGCGUGGGCCAGCGCCUGGACACGUACACACACGUGAACGGCUGGGCCAACGGCGCGUACUCGCUGGUGCAGGAGCAGCUGGGCUACGCGCAGCCCGCGACCAUGAGUAGCCCGCCGCCGCCGCCCGCGCUGCCGCAGAUGCACCGCUACGACAUGGCCGGCCUGCAGUACAGCCCCAUGAUGCCGCCCGGCGCCCAGAGCUACAUGAACGCCGCGGCCGCGGCCGCCGCCGCCUCGGGCUACGGGGGCAUGGCGCCCUCCGCCGCCGCCGCCGCCGCCGCCUACGGGCAGCAGCCAGCCACCGCCGCCGCCGCCGCCGCCGCCGCCGCCAUGAGCCUGGGCCCCAUGGGCACGGUGGUGAAGACCGAGCCCAGUUCGCCGCCGCCCGCCAUCGCGUCGCACUCGCAGCGCGCGUGCCUCGGCGACCUGCGCGACAUGAUCAGCAUGUACCUGCCGCCCGGCGGGGACGCGGCUGACGCCGCCUCGCCGCUGCCGGGCGGCCGCCUGCACAGCGUGCACCAGCACUACCAGGGCGCCGGGACUGCCGUCAACGGAACGGUGCCGCUGACCCACAUCUGAGCACCGGCCUGCGCUCGCCGCUCC